AGGAAAACACUUUUACCAAAUCCAAAACAAAGCAAUCAUGCCCGCAUUCUCCGAUAUUUCCUAUCUUUUCCCACUUUCUCUUUCCUCUAUCUUUUUCUCUCACAUUAUUCAUAUAAUUAAGUAAACUAAAUAUAUAUACAAUUUGUACCAGAAAAUCAGAAAUCCAAACCAAGUCCUACAUACCAAUCCCACAGGUCACAGGGGUUGAUUAUAUUUUUUUCUCUUUUUCUUCUCCCUUCUUGCUGUUCACCCACCACUCAUUCAAAUCCUUUCCAGAAACAAACCCUCUCUCUCUCUCUCUCUCUUUGCUCUUUCCACACGCACAGGAAAGAAAAUGGGGAAAUGCUGAUCAAAGAUUCAAAGCCCUUAACUUUCUGCUCUCUAUCUGAUACUUUUUCCUGUCUUUUUCAUCCUUUGAUCAAUGCAAAAUUUUGCUUUAUUUGUUGUUUGGUUCUAUUCAUUGACAAUUUUGGUAUGAGUCUCAGUAUUUAAUUUGCAGUUUAGCUUUGAUUAUUGUUUUUCUAUUUUGAGAAACGGAAAAGUGUAUACUGAAGAAGACUUGAUUGAUCCAAGUGAAUCUUCAUUGAUCUUUGCAAUGGAGUAUCUAUUUCCCCAUUUUUAAUUAUUUUUUUUUGCUUUGCUCGAAAGAAAUCUGGGAAUCGCUGCCAAAUCCAGCUCAGAUAAUCCAGUUGGGAAUGUUCUUUCUUUCUUUCUGCUUUCUUGAUCUGCAAAACAAAGAUCAAAACUUGAUUGGAUUUUUAGCCGAUCAGAGAGUUUUGCAGUAAUGGGUUGUGCUACUUCAAAGCCAAGAGUCUGCCGGCACUGCAAGGCUCCAUGUUCUCCGGUGCACCGGAGCUAUUCGAUGCAAGGGGAGGCGGCCUACCACACGGUGGCGCUCACCUCCUCCACGCUGGGGUCUCUGAAGCUCGAUCCACUGAAUCAGAGCCAGAAUCAGAACCAGAUUCAUUGUAUCAACGACGAUAAAGAUGGGUUUGGGAUGGGAUUGAUUGAGGCAAAAACGUGGUCGGAAAUGAUCAAUGAAAAGAUUCCGAAAUUGGUCCCGAAAACGCCGAUACGCACUCCUCCCGGCGAGCCGGAGACGAUCAAUGCUUGGGAGUUAAUGGAGGGGCUCGAAGACGUUAGCCCUCUCAAGCCUCCCCACCAUCUCCGAAGCUUCUCCUUCCAAGUGCCCCGGAACCCGGGUCUCUUCCCGGACGAUCAGCCGACUCCGAGAGUGAAAGACGACGGCGACGCAUCGGUUAAGCCGCCGCCGUGGGCGGCGGAAACCGGCGACGACGAAUCGAAUUCCACCUCAAAUGACACCUCAAUCGUGCCGGAAUUUGACCCGGAGAUGAUAUCCGCUUUCAGAAAAGCGCUGGAAAAUCCGUUUGUUAGAGAAGAAGAAGAGUAUAAGAAGAAUCUGGGGAAAAACAAAGUGGUUUUAUACUUCACGAGCCUGAGAGGAGUGAGGAAGACGUACGAGGAUUGCUGCCAUGUUCGAGCGAUUUUGAAGGCGAUAGGAGUUAAAAUUGACGAGAGGGAUGUGUCUAUGCAUUCUGGGUUUAAGGAGGAGCUGAAAGAGCUCUUGGGGGAUACUUACGGCGGCGCGUGCUUGCCCAGAGUGUUCGUCGGUAAAAACUUCCUCGGCGGCGCCGAUGAAAUCAGGCGAAUGCACGAGGACGGCCAGCUUGAGAAGGCGGUGGAAGGCUGCGAAAUGGCGGAUGGCAGUGGCUGCGCCGCCGCAGGAAAUGGUGGCGUUUGUGAGAGCUGUGGGGAUAUAAGGUUUGUGCCGUGUGAGACAUGUUCCGGGAGUUGCAAAAUUUACUGUGAAGCUGAUUACGAGGACGACGAGUACGAGGACGAUGAUAAUAAGGAUGAUGAUUAUGGUUUUCAGAGAUGCCCAGAUUGCAACGAGAAUGGACUCAUACGAUGUCCAAUUUGUUGCGACUGAAAACAGUUUGUGAAGGGAUAAAUUAUGGUGAUUCAACUGAUUAAAAAAAGUUAAACUUUUGUUCAUUGUGCACAAAAAGUCCUCUUUAUUUUGAGAGGUUACUCUUACAUUGUGGCUGGUGAGACUCAAUCUUUUUGGUGAUUUUCUAAAAUCAUCGUGAGAUGCAUGUUGUACAGAGAGUUUGAUAUUGUGAGGAGAGAUUUAUGACCCAAUUACCAUAGGUAUAUUAUAUACAAGUUGUGUAACAUGAAUGUAUGUUACUACUUUUACAGAUUGAUUGUUAUGAGCAGCAUAAUAUAUAUAACUAUAUAAGCCACCCAGUGUCCUCAAAGCUUGUAAUG